AAAAUGUGACUUUGGGGGUUGUGACAUAACGCCAACAGAGGGUGAGGAACUUCCGCUGGAUCAUUUCCGGCGUCUCUGCCAUUCAAUGUGAUAUGGGAUGUUAGCAAGCCGACCAAGUUUUGCACGGUUUCAUUUGUGAAGUUAGCAAGUUAGCUACUCUUCAGGUGGUCGACAACAUGAAGAAGAAGAUGCACUAAAGCACGCUUCUUACCUCCGGCAAAGCAGGGAUCCACCAGACGGAAGGGGCUAGCACAGAGAUGGACAAUCUUAACUGGAAACCGUUCAUCUAUGGAGGGAUGGCCUCUAUCGUCGCAGAGUUUGGUACCUUCCCCAUCGACCUGACGAAGACGCGGCUGCAGGUGCAGGGGCAGUCCCAGUGCAUGGAGAUCCGGUACCGGGGCAUGUUCCACGCGCUGCUGCGGAUCGGCCGGGAGGAGGGCGUCCGGGCCCUGUACUCCGGGAUUUCUCCUGCUCUCCUGCGUCAGGCUUCGUAUGGCACCAUUAAGAUCGGCACCUACAACACCCUGAAGAAGCUGUUCGUCAGCCGGCCGGAAGAUGAGACCAUGGUCAUCAAUGUGUUCUGUGGGGUUUUGUCUGGAGUCUUGUCGUCCUCUUUAGCCAACCCAACUGAUGUCCUAAAGAUCCGCAUGCAGGCCCAGGGUCACCUCCUCCAGGGCAGCAUGAUGGCCAACUUCAUGAACAUCUACCAGCAGGAGGGCACACGUGGGCUCUGGAGGGGCGUAAUCCCGACGGCACAGAGGGCAGCGAUCGUGGUGGGGGUGGAGCUUCCCGUCUAUGACAUCACCAAGAAGCACCUGAUCCUAUCGGGCAUCAUGGGGGACACCAUAUACACACACUUCAUUUCCAGUUUUGCGUGUGGCCUGGCGGGGGCGCUGGCCUCGAACCCGGUGGACGUGGUGCGCACACGCAUGAUGAACCAACGCGUGCUGGCGGGGAACCCCCUGUACAAGGGCACCCUGGACGGGCUGAUGAAGACCUGGAGAAACGAGGGGUUCUUCGCCCUCUACAAGGGCUUCUGGCCCAACUGGCUGCGUCUCGGGCCCUGGAACAUCAUCUUCUUCAUCACCUUCGAGCAGCUGAAGAAGCUUCCUUUAUAACUGACCGAGAGAGAAGGCUUCAUCAGACCAGAGAGAAAGAGAGAGAGAGAGAGCGAGAGAGAGUGUGUGUGUGUGUGCGCGCCUGCCUGCCUGCGUGCGUGCGUGCGUGUGUGAGUGUGUUUGCGUGCGCAUGCGUGCGUGCGCGCGUCUGCGUGUUGGGAGGCUGGGGUUCUGGUUAUACGGGGUUUUGUCGCCUCGAUUUCCUGCAGAUUGUCCCUCCAUUUCCUCACUCCGUCACUACACAGGCACAGCUCUGUAUCUUAUUUAUUUUAAAUUAUUUAUGAUUUUAGUUCAGCUUUUUAAAACGCUGCUCCAUCAACACUAUCCACUGCACUUGAUGUUUGAGUCUGUGCCUCGCGUAUGAAAUGAAAUGUAAUGUAGCGAGUGGGGUGGUCCUCACGGUCAGGCCUUCUGUGCGUCUCUGCGCUGCUGAAACGGACGACUGUUUCACGUGUGCUGCCUUACAGAAGUGCAGCUGCUGUCCAUGGCCUGUCUGCCUGUCAUCAUCAUCAUCAUCAUCACAAAUCCAUCUGCACACACUCCACUGCAGUCAGUCAAGCUGAUUCUUUUUGACCCCACAUAAAAGCAUCACAUCUUCAGACAUUUAAUCAGUUAUUAUAUUUUAUAUAUUAUUAAUUGCUUGUUAUUUAUGUUGUUGAGUGAUUACUUACAGCUGCCUGAGGCCCCCUUGUGGGCCCCUGCUCUACCCCGUUCGAGGCGAGGGUACUCCUGGUCUGUUUGCUAGUGUAUGAUUUUGUUUUGGAGCCCUUUUGUUUUGGGCAUUGGGUUCCUCGUCUGUCUCUGCUGGUCUUUCAGACAGAGUGAAAGAAAUGUUCCCUCACGUUAGCCUCGUUAGCCACAAAGUUUUUGCAUGUUUCGCGCAGUCCAUGCGUGUGUGUUCAUGCGUGUGUGGGGAUUGCUGAGGGAGAAUGUAAACGCAGCUUUAGGUCAAAGGUCAAAGGUCAGAGUACCUCAUAGGAUUAGGGGCAGUGUAGGCCCGGCUCCUCCCCGUUACAUUUAGGAAAACAGAUUUAAAAGCCUGUUUUUGUGUCACUGUUCUCUACUUUUUAUUUUUGUUUUGUUGUUCUGAGAUGUACUUCAUUGAACCACUGCUGCACACACACACUCUUGCACACACAGAGCGCACAUAUAAUUCCAUGUAGCAAUGCUUCAGAUUAUUAUUUUAUUUUGGUUUAUUAUUUUCAUAGCUGACAAUGUGGAACUGAGAGGCGUGCAUGUAAUGUAAUGGAACAGCAUGUUCUGUGAUGGCGGCUGAAUUCAGCGCUGGUCUGGUGCCAAAUGAAGCAUGUAAACUGUAAAAAAGGGACAAAAACCCACAUGAAGAACUUACAGCAACUGCACUGUUAUUUGUUUUAUUUUAUAUUUUUACUCUGAUGUCGUAUGCUACACAGACCUGCUGUCUGACACUGUACGUACUGUUCGUGCUUGAAAUGGACCUUGGACUGCUGUUUUUAGGAAUAACAGGCAAUGCUACGAGCGAGGACAUUUACUGUUGUGAUGUUUUUGACGGCCACAGUCCUGCUACUGAGAUCGUAUUCAGUGGAGCGCUUCUGUUCUCUUUUAGGAGUGCUAUUUUACCCAGCCACACUGGAUAUGUCCACAUUUGGCUUAAUUUAAUUUCAAUCUAAUUUAAUGUUUAAGUUAAUUUUAUUCCCAUGUGUUUGCCUUUGUUUGCCUUCUACUUGCUGCAGUAGUUAUUUUAGAGGUGCAUGUGCAUUUCUUGGUGUUUCUUAUGAAAUAUUGACAUGUCAAAUCAGCAGGGACACAAAGGGACACAUUGAUCCGUGUGUUUUUGUUUGUCCUGGUGUUUCCUGUAGGUUUUGUGUUUCCUUCACAAACCGGUCCAUAAACACAGCAUUAUUUUUAUUUUUUAGCUUGUAUCAGAAUUUCUUAAAAUGAAAACAAGGUGUAAAAAUAGUUUUUACAGUGAAUUUUUGUAUGGAAUUUAAGCCCCCCACUGUAAGCCAAUGAUUAAUCAUCAAUAGUUAAAAUUAUUCAGUAUUAAUUUAUAAUAUGAUUGGUCACAGCUCUGAAACGAACGCUGUUUGAAUGUCCUCGUGCCACAGAAAAAUCCGCCUUGCGAAGCCAUGGUCUGACGCAUCCAUGCACUGUUGCCAAACCAGAAGCAGCUCCGUGUAAAUGAAAACUUCUGACGAGUCUUGUUUGGCACCAGGACAUGGAUACCGCAGCCGGUCUUAAGCGAUUUUAAUCACUCGACCAGACCGUUGGUUCACCUGCUGCUUGCGGAACAAACCGUUUGGCUUCAACCCGCCAGUCAACCUGUAUGCGCCUGGAGGAAAAAAUAUAUAUACGGCAUUAUAUUAUCCAUGUGGCCAUAAGGAGGCGCUGUUGCAAUUGAAAAUUCCUAAGGCUUGCUUUCGGCUUGUGUUGCUUUGCGGUUGCUUUGAACGCACAGAUCUCUAGAUCAGUCAUGCUUUACUGUCAAAAGAACUGGCAGCUUUAAACAUUGUUACAGCCAUUCUAACAAUAUUGUAAUUUGAAAAUGUUGGACUAUUCUUUGUUAAUCACUGGAAAUCAAAGUUCUGAGUUAUUUGCACUUUUGUCAAAGUGUGUCUGUGAACAAAUAUGUACAUUCAUGUUUUACUCAAAUCUGUUUCUUGUUUAGUCCAAAUAUUUUACUGUCUUUCAAGAGGUGGAAUCUUGCUUUUUUUUUUUUAAGUAAAAGUGCACCCUGAAAUAAAACCGAAAUAUACUGA